AUGCCCCAACAAUUACACCCGUGCUGUCGGUACCUUGUCAUGCCCCAACCGUUACACCCGUGCUGUCCGUACCCGGUCAUGCCCCACCCGUUACACUUGUGCUGUCCAUACGCGGUCAUGCCCCACCCGCUACACCCGUGCUGUCCGUACCCGGUCAUGCCCCACCUGUUACACCCGUGCUGUCUGUACCCGGUCAUGCCCCACCCGUUACACCCGUGCUGUCUGUACCCGGUCAUGCCCCACCCGUUACACCCGUGCUGUCUGUACCCGGUCAUGCCCCACCCGUUACACCUGUGCUGUCCGUACCCGGUCAUGCCCCACCCGUUAUACCCGUGCUGUCCGUACCCGGUCAUGCCCCACCCGUUACACCCGUGCUAUCCGUACCUGGCUGUGCCCCCACCCGUUUUACCCGUGCAUCUUGUGUUUGCCUGUGUUGCCCCGUUCAGCCCGUGUCCUGCCCAGUUCUGCCCGUGCUGCCCGUUCUGCCCGUGCUGCCCCGCUCUGCCCGUGUUGCCCCGUUCUGCCCGUGUUGCCCCGUUCUGCGCGUGUUGCCCCGUUCAGCCUGUGUCCUGCCCAGUUCUACCUGUGUCGUGCCCGUUCCCAUGCCGUGUUGUCCCGUUCAGCCCGUGUCCUACCCCGUUCUGCCUGUGCUGCCUGUUCUGCCCCCGUGUCCUGCUCAGUUCUGCCUAUGUCGUGCCCGUUCCCGUGCCAUGUUGCCCCGUUCAGCAUGUGUCCUGCCCCGUUCUGCCCGUGCGGCCCGGUUGUGCCCAUGUGUUCUGCCCGUGCCCCACCCGUGCUGUCCGUACCCGUUCGUGCCCCACCCAUGCUGUCAGUUCUCGCUCGUGCCCCACCCGGUCUGUGCUGCCCAAUCUCGUGCUGCCCAUCAACCCCAUGCGGCCCGUCCCGUACAGCACCUAG